AUGCCGUUUUUUUCCAAAGGAGAGGAAGUCGAUAUAGCACCAGACAAGUCUGCCCGCUUCAAAUGCUGGGAUAAAAGGGACCGUUUUUUCCAAUGUCUUUCUGAAAAUUACAUUGACAACUCAUUAGACCCCAAAGAAUUACCCAAAGUAAAUGAGAAAUGUGGUGAAAUCAAAAAGGAGUUUGAAAGAGACUGCGUUAGUAGUUGGGUCAAAUAUUUUCAGGAAAAGAGGUACAAUGAUUUGGUUAGACAACGGUAUAUUGCUAAAUUAGAAAGCGAAGGUGCUCAACCAUUGCCAUUCAAGAUUGAGAGUAUAAAGAAGUGA